AUGGCAGCUGCCAGGAAAAUGAGCAUACCCAUGGAGGAAGCUCUGAUUGAAGUCGCUAAUCAGUUGAACAUUGAGGAAGUGGAAACCCUUCCUGUUGAUGAAGAUCACCAGCUGGAUAGUCAGUGCCUUGAUGGCCACAUGGGUGCAAUCAUGCUGCCCUGCAGCAGUGAGAAUUCAGCGAUGAAGUUCUUGAUUAAUUUCAGGAGUCUUCUGAGGAUAUUACUUCUUGGUCAAGGAUUAUCCAUGCUAUUAUGUGGAACUGCAAUCAGCAGUCAAUAUUUGACGGAUUACUUUGCUGUGAACACCCCAAUGCUUCAGGGUUUUAUCAACUAUCUUCUACUUUUCCUGGUUUACACAGGAAUGUUGAUGUUCAGGCAGGGCAAUGACAAUUUACUGCAAAUACUGAAGACAAAAUGGUGGAAGUAUCUUCUGCUGGGAUUAAUUGAUGUUGAAGCUAAUUACCUGAUCGUCAAAGCUUACCAGUAUACAACAUUAACAAGUGUUCAGCUACUAGAUUGCUUUGUCAUUCCUGUGGUGAUGUUCCUAUCAUGGUUUAUCUUACGUUCAAGAUACAAAGUCAUCCACUUUGUGGCUGUUUGCAUGUGUUUGUUGGGCGUUGGAAUUAUGGUUGGUGCAGAUGUUUUGGCAACAAACCAUCAAGGAUUAGGUAACAGCAAGUUACUGGGGGACCUUUUGGUCCUAGGGGGUGCUGUACUUUAUGGAAUUUCUAAUGUGUGUGAAGAAUUCGUUGUGAAAAACUUUAGCAGAGAGGAGUUCCUGGGAAUGCUCGGCUUAUUUGCAACCUUCUUUAGCGGUAUACAACUAAGCAUCUUGGAACAUAACGCAAUUGCAAACAUUAAUUGGAACUGGCAAGUCGUAUUACUGUUCACUGCAUUUGCUGUUUGUAUGUUUGGAUGGUAUAGCUUCCUGCCAGUUGUGAUUAAGCUCAGCAACGCCACCUCAGUCAAUCUUGCAAUCCUGACCGCGGACCUUUACAGCCUCUUCUUUGGGAUUUUCUUGUUCCACUACAAGUUUUCAGCAUUGUAUAUCCUGGCAUUUGUAAUCAUUAUGGUUGGAUUUAUUCUCUACAAUUCCACUCCAACACACACAGCUGAAGUCCAGGUUCAACAACAAACUGUAUCCAGUAGAUUUGAUAACCCUGUUCCAGUAAAUGUCAUCAGUACCCAAGAACCUACUAUCUACUUUACUUCCAGAGACUAUCCUGUGAUGACAGCUAUGCAGCUAUAA